GGCUCACCUAAAUUAACCUCAAUUACUCUUCAUGUAGACAUCUACACCAAACAACAACCAUGACGGACCUCUACGGCGGCCGCUCGCCUGGGUCUACAAUUGAAGCCUCCGAAAUGGACGAUCACCGCACCGCAGCAUCGUCGCCAACACGCGCCGAUCCACGAACCACACUCCAGCACGUCCUGGGAGACACAGAAUCGGCACCGACUUCAUCGCCACAGAAGCGCGAAGACGCAGAUAUGACGGAAGAUGAGAACCCAAAACCACAGCCAUCAGCAGGGAAGGGGAGCGGAAAGAGCGGCGCAAAGGGACGGACUGCAAAGGGGGCCGCGGCGCACAAGGAGGCAACUGCUGGUGCCGGAUACAGUGGGCACAAGGUGCGGCAUCUUAAGAAGGAUGAUGGAGAGCCAUUGUGGAGGAAGGAUAUUCAGUAUGAAUUCCUGUGGAAUAUCUUUGAUGAUGAAACAAAGUGCUUCACCAAUAGUUAUGAUGCGGAACUGGCACCGCAGAGCUUUGCGGAACUAUACAUCGAUGCCAUGGCGAGGAGUAGCAAGACGAGCAAGAUCCUGAGGGAUAAGUUGAUGAGCGAGCAUGAGCCGGCGAAGAACAUGGCUAUGGUGUGCCUGUUGGUCAAUCUUGGGAGGAUGAACACAACUUUGAACUUCUUUCCAGAGAUGCGUGCGCAGCUGCGGACAUACCACGCCAUUCCAUCCCUACAAGCACAACAAGACCCAAAUUCCUACAAACAGCUGCAGGAUGCCCCACGGUUGAAGUCGAUCUUGAAGGGCGCAUCGGAAGACCGCUUUGAACCCAACUCAAUCGACAAGAUCAAAGACACACCCAUACCGCGCACCAACCCCGUGAAUCUGAUCUUUGUCCUGGCCCAAUACGCCGCCCGUGUCACUGAACUUCACUUCCCCCCUGGCCGUGAUUUCUUCGACCUCAUCAUGCGCCCAACGCUCUCCAGCAAGUCCCGCGCCCGCGCCCUCCUCUGGCUCAUGUGGCACUAUCUGGAGUCGGACUUCACCGAAGAAGGCUGCAAAGAGAACCCCUUUGGCGCUGGCGUCGAUUACGGCACCGGUGUGUCCAACCAAGGCGUCCCCGCCCUCACGACCCUCAACGACGCUGAGAUGGCCCUUGAGAACGUCGACACCCCCGAAGAGACAGAGUAUGGCGAAGCCAAGAUGCGCGAGCGCAAGCGCAUCAUUGAAGCUGAUCAAGCAGCCCUACACAUCGACUACGGGCCACCAAAGCGCGGCCCAAAGCCCAAACUUAACCUUGGCCCUGACGACGUCGGUGCCAGCCCUUCUGCGGUCCUACGCACGCGUGCCUCGAAAUACGACUCCGAUGUUGACAGUGCGCGCUCGACACCACCAAGAGGCGGAUCCAACCUGCGCGUCCACGGCCUGAGCGGGGCGCGCACGCGCGGCGGUGCGCUCAAACACCAGAUCGAUGGCGGAUCGUCGCCUGCACCACGCGAGGCGCCAGAGGGCCAGGCACCGACUGCGCGACGCACGAGGCCACUUACUGCGCAUCAACUUGCCGUGGAGCACAAUAGGAACCAGCGCGUGAACUACAUUCUCUCCCGCGGACUGCGACGGGUUCACCACAACGCACGCAAGGCACGGCGGAUGGAGGGUGCGAUUCUGCGGGCUGUCCACCGCACAGCAGCCAUGCAGGAGAUGUGCGAGGACAGCGAGAGUGAAGAGAGUCUUGGCCGCGCGCUCGGGCCGUUCAGGGAGAGAGGUGUGGGCGGGUUAGUGCAGUUGAAGAGUGAGGAAGAUGAUUUUGGGGAGGAGAUGGCGGCGUAUGGGGCGGCGUUUAGGAGGAUGGGGAGGAGACUUGAUAGGUGGGGCGAGGGGGGGUAUAAGGCGCAUAUUGAGGAGCCGGUGGCGACGGUGGAGGAGGCGGGGACGACGGAGGAGGAUUUGGAUGAGAUGGAGAAGGCGUUGUUGGGGUUGGCGAGCGAGGCGGAGGAGGAGGCGGAGGAAGAAGAGGAUCUGGAUGAUGUGGAUAAGGCGUUGUUGGGGCUGACGGAGGAGGAGGGGAGUGAGGGUGGGAUGGAUAUAGAUUGAUUGGGGCGGCGAUUGUCGGAAGUGAGAUUGCGGGAUGUUUGAUUUGUUUUCUGCUAUUUUGGGAGGUGGGGUCGUGGUGUUUGGGCGCUGGGAGGAGGGAGAGGGAGGGAUUGUAAUGCGGUUUUAAGUCUGGCCACAAAUAUGGGAGCAUUGUAGUAGUAGUAUGGUGUGUAUCAAUUAGAAGACUUAGACAGCGCUGAAGCAUUGUUUCCGUA